AUGAAAAUUUUAUUAUUACAUGAACAAACUAUAAAAGGACGAAAACCUACACUAUCAAAAGGUUUCUUUUGUUUUACCCCACCUUCUUCACUACGCGAGAGAGUUAUAACGCGUAAAGGCGCUGCAAAACAACAAAAAAUUAGUGAUCCCAAGUUCGUUCCAUAUGUCGCUUCAAAAGCCUCAAAGGAAGCUGUUAUUUCUACACCAGCUCCUUCGUCUUCUUCAACCUCAACUUCUGUUCCCACUAACUUAGAUUUAGAAAUUGUUCAAGAAGUUUUUGCCAAAGAUAGGUCAAAACUUUUGGACCCUGAUGAAUAUCUCGAAGAUGAUGAUAUGAAAGAAGACCUAAAAGAUUUUACAGUUGUUACCAAAGCUACUCCCUUUGCAGUUACUACUCAUAUUAAGUUUACACCUAAAGAAAAGAACAACAGCAAAAUUAUUCUCGCUAUCAAUAAUAUUGACACUUUCUGUGAUUUCUCCCAAUACAAGAAUGAUAUGCAAUUCAACGAGAGGACUAUCCACGUUACUGAUAUUUCACUACAAAUGAAGCCUGCAAAUAUCAAACAAGUUUUUGCCAAAUAUGGAUCUAUUACCGAUUUUAAAAUGACAGUAAGAG